AUGGGCUCUCAUAUAACGGUGACCAAACGGGUUGAGCGCGUGCUUCCCUGUUGCCUCUUCUCGGUCACUUGUCUCGCCAGGCUCCUACGCUAUACGAGGGAGUACAUUUACGGCGCCGGCGCCCCAUCCCUCAACUUGCUCGCAGUGUCUCCACUGGAUAACCUGACGGCGGCAGAUCUGCUAGCACAUCUCGCGCAUUUCCUCGCACUAGGCAUUGGACCACCGAACGAGCGAAAGAUCUCCCAUAUUAUAGUUCCCGAAGCGGAGUGUAAGCCUUGGCUGCCGUCUAAGCAUGCUCCGUGA